GGAACUGGGAUUCGUGCUUUGCUUGACUUGGUUGGUUUAUGAACUUUCCAAAACGAACUUAGGAAUUGAGGAUUGAUCACUGUGCUGCCUUUGGUCAGCUGCUGUGGACUAAGAUUGUUAACAGUCCAGCUUAGCUCCACGUUUCAAGGGGAUAGAAAUUCAUUUUGAGAGUUUAAGAGGGUGGUUGUUUGGAAUUUUGCAGCAUGAGUAGUCACAUUCCUCAGCUGAUUAUAUGAUCUUUUAGUUUUAGGAACAGCAACAAGGUUGCAAAUGGUGUUGUAGAGUUUGAUGGGUCUCUCCCUGAUUUUUUCUUCCUUCCCUUUGUUUUCUUGCUCCUCUCGCUUUCACGGGAGUGAAGAUAAGAAGUUGCCUGUGGAGUCACUCCAUCUUCCCGGAAACUUGGAGGAAUUUAACAGUUUUUAUCCUGAACUGUAAUGUGCAAUGGAAUGCUGGCAUGAAGCAUCAACAGCUGUCCUCUCUGGGGCAUUAAAGCUGGAAGUCUCUGGAUGAGGAGUUUGUAUGUGUUAAGAAAUACUGACGGAUCCGAGGUUUUGGAAAGAAAUAUGUAGGAUAAGAUGGUAAGCUGUACCUAUCACCUUUUGAGUUUUGGUCAAGGAAGACAGCUAUACAUGUCUGGAUGGAACAAGUCAUUUUAGUGUCUGUUGAUCAAAUUUUUUCUGUGUUGUCAAACUAUGGCGGUGGAUGCUGUCAUCACUAUUAGGAAUGUGGUGCUCUGGUCUAACAUCAUACUUGUAGAUCAGAACAAAACAGUUGACAUAAGAAGGGCGAGUGAGAAAAUCGUGGAUUGUUCUUAUCUCUGAGACCUUGCUUGUAUGUCUGGGUAAAGGGUUUUAUAAACACUCCCAAAGGAAUUAUGUGUUGUUCACCUUGAGAGUUUGUUUUCUUAGUUGGAAGGGGAAAAGAUGAACUUGGCAAUUUAGAAAGAAGAUGGAAAGAUAAUGGACAUGUUAUCAACUGGAAGGGAUGACAAAUAUUUGUAUUCAUAUUAUCAUUGAAUAUCAUAUUUACUUAUAAUAACGAUUUAGCUUUGGCUCUAUCAGCUUGGCCUUGCUGAUGCUCCUGAUUGAUGGUUGCUUAGUUUUGUUAAGUGUGCACAUUGGGUUUCAUAAACAUUUUCUAUCACUAACUAGUUCUGAAUGGCAGAUGACGACAGCAAUUGCCAUUGAAGAUGUUCGCCGGGAGGUAAAAAUAUUGAAGUCAUUAUGUGGGCAUAAGCACAUGAUAAGAUUUCAUGAUGCAUUUGAGGAUGGCAACAAUGUCUACAUUGUUAUGGAAUUGUGUGAAGGUGGAGAACUUCUUGACAGAAUUUUAUCGAGGGGUGGAAGGUACACUGAGGAGGAUGCAAAAGCCAUCGUUGUUCAAAUUUUAGGUGUAGUUUCCUAUUGCCAUCUUCAAGGUGUUGUACACCGUGAUCUAAAGCCUGAGAAUUUUCUGUUCACCACUAAAGAUGAGGAUGCUCCAAUGAAGAUUAUUGAUUUUGGUCUAUCUGACUACGUUAGGCCGGAACAACGCCUCAAUGAUAUUGUUGGAAGUGCAUACUAUGUGGCACCAGAAGUGCUCCAUCGAUCAUACAGCGUUGAGGCUGAUAUGUGGAGUGUUGGUGUGAUAACUUACAUAUUACUGUGUGGGAGUAGACCUUUCUGGGCUAGGACUGAAUCAGGGAUCUUUCGGUCUGUGUUGAGAGCUGAUCCUAACUUCAAUGACUCACCCUGGCCCUCAGUAUCACCAGAAGCUAAAGAUUUUGUAAAAAGACUUCUGAACAAGGACCACAGAAAAAGAAUGACAGCAGCUCAGGCUCUUUCUCAUCCAUGGAUAAGAAGUGAAGCUCAAGAGGUGCCUUUGGAUAUCUUUAUAUUCAAGACAGUCAAGUCAUAUGUUCGGGCCACACCUUUCAGACGUGCAGCAUUGAAGGCUCUUUCAAAAGGAAUUCCUGAGGACGAACUUGUCUAUCUGAGGGCUCAAUUCGAGCUCCUAGAACCAAAAGAUGGACAUGUGUCCCUUAACAAUUUCAGAGCGGCAUUAACCAGAAAUGUGACUGAUGCCAUGAAGGAGUCUAGAGUCAUUGACAUUCUACAUGUGCUUGAGCCACUCUCCUACAAGAAAAUGGGGUUUGAAGAAUUCUGUGCGGCGGCUAUCAGUACAUAUCAACUCGAAGCCCAUGACGGGUGGGACAAGAUAGCAAAAACAGCAUUUGAUCACUUCGAACAAGAAGGAAACCGAGUCAUAUCGGUGCAGGAACUGGCACUGGAAAUGAACUUGGGGCCUGCAGCUCAUUCCUUGCUUGCAGACUGUAUCAGAACCUCGGAUGGGAGGUUGAGUUUUCUUGGAUAUACUAAAUUCUUGCGUGGUGUGACGAUACGGAGUACGAACACCAGACCCAGAUAGGAAGACGGGUUAUUUAGCUGCUAUAGGAUUAUCUGGUUGCUUGCCAUUAUUCUUUCUGGUUUUGGAGGGGGAAUACGAGUGUCCUUUGACUUGUAGCUGUUCUCCCUUUACUUCUGUGGAGGUUGUGAUAGAGUGCGAGGAAAGGAAGUCGAGUGACAGUGAUGGACAUUUUCAAGGCAAAGGCAAGAGCAUGAUGAUUGGAAGUUGAAGCUUUGGUUUCUUCUCUUGUUUUUCCUGUUCUUAAUUGUCACGUCUAUGUCGAAGAAAUGAACAAAUUUUGGGAUAUGAUGAUAGUUGAUACCUAACCUGUCUGUAGAAAAGAAAAAAAAUUAUGUAUUAUUAAAUGCAAUCAUGCAUCUUCAGAUAUUUGGAAAGACUCUAUUCUCUAAGCUUCAAACUUGUUCUUAUAGUAUAGUACCUCUUACUACUAUAACUCUAAAAGACUAAA